ACAAUUUAGAAAUUAUCGACCGCUUCGCCGGUUUUCCUCGGUUUCUUCUUAUGCCGAACUCACAUCGCAAAAAGCCAUUUAGUGGCAAACAAAAGAAGCUGCAACUGCAAGCUAAAAAUGCUCGCAAAGCUCAAAAAGCACGCCGUUCCAACGAAUGGGAAGACGAUCACGACGCUCAACCUCCACCUGCUUUAUCUCAACAUUUCGUUCCAGCUGUCAAUGAGAACUUUGUUGCCACAAGUGUUCCAUUACAGCAAUCGCCUGACAAAUCCAAUAGGUUGGUCUCCAUGUUCGAAAAGCUCUCGCCACAGCAAAUCAACGAAGCUCGCUUGCGGAGUAUGAAACCGUUUCAUCGACUUCCACAAAAUGCCUUGGAGAUAUCGAUUGAUAGUAUUGGACCAGUAAUUGACUUUCCAAAGAGACCAAAGUGGGACUAUGAAAUGUCGAAAGAAGAAGUAGAGACGCAGGAAGAAACCGAGUUUCAAUCCUGGAUGAAAGGCGUAUACGAACGCUACGGCAACCAGAAAGAUACUCCCCUGAGUUGGUUUGAACAUAAUCUAGAAGUUUGGCGCCAGCUAUGGCGAGUACUGGAAAUCAGUGAUAUCAUCUUGGUUAUAAUGGAUAUUCGGCAACCUCUUCUUCAUUUUCCGCAAGCGUUGUAUCACUAUGUGACCAAAACAUUGGGUCGACCAAUAGUAGGCGUGUUUAACAAGGUUGACCUGGUUUCCGAGUUCACUGUAUUUUCUUGGCGUAAAUAUUUCGAAGAACAUUUCCCUGAACUUCAAAUCGCGUGCUUCAGCUGUUACCCUCGGGAUCCCAAACUUAUUGACGAUACCACUACAUAUGCACUGAAAAAUCGAGUCAAGCGUCCGAGAAAACGGUAUUUUCACGCAGAAGGGGUACGCAACAUUUUGUCGGUCUGUCAGCGGAUCGAGCGACCAAAAGAAGGUCUCCACGUUGAUUGGACCAGUCUUAUCAAUCGCUAUAACGAUGAUGACGAGGACGACGACGAGUACGCCAACAAGGAUACAGAAUCAGACGAUAAUGAUGAUGACAGCGAUACUGGCAGCACACUCGGUUUGGAUGAUGAAUUUUCGCAGAUAUUGGAUAUUCACAGUCGCGAAGUUCAACCACAUAACAAGUACCUUACUUUGGGGCUCGUAGGUCACCCCAAUGUGGGAAAGAGUAGUCUCAUUAACAGUAUUAUGAGAAAGACCGUUGUGAGUGCCAGUCGUACGCCAGGCCACACAAAACAUUUUCAAACGAUUUAUUUGUCGGAUAACGUUCGACUUUGUGAUUCUCCGGGGCUCGUUUUUCCAUCCGUUCUUCCUCGUGCUCUUCAGAUUCUUUCUGGAAUGUACCCUGUCGCACAAGUUCAGGAGCCGUAUAGUGUCGUGCAAUAUCUUGCCGAGCGUAUCCCUUUAGAAAAGAUCUUGUCUUUAUCACCUCCCGACCUGGAAGAAGCAAAAGAUUACCAAUGGUCGGCUUGGGCUAUUUGUGAAGCUUUUGCUGAACAACGCGGUUUCCACACAGCCCGUGCUGCAAGACCGGAUGUGUAUCGCGCUGCCAACGUAAUACUACGUCUCGCCAAUGAUGGUCGUAUUCUCUUAUCCUUCAAGCCUGAAGGAUUCUUUACAUCUACAAAAUAUGAGCAAUUACGUGUGAAGGAAGCUGACGCUUAUGAGGAAGAGAACGCAACAGGAACUGAAGAUGAGAGCAGUGGAACUGAAGAUAACGAGUAUGAAAUACAGACAGGAGGAGCCUUUGCGCUGUUAUCAGAAGAAUAAACCAUGUGAGUUUGACACAGUCAACUCUAUAUAAAGCGCACACCGGCGCUUAGUUAACGGUGUAAACUUGUUUUCUGCCAUCAGUGUUGUCCACGUUUUGUUUAUAAUCAAUCGCUUGAUUGGCAAGCACAGGGUUGUUCCGCUCCCUAAAG